AUGUCAAAAGUAUUUACAAGUAAAACUGUUAAAAUUACAAUCAAUCAAGAUGAUUGUAUUGGGUGUGAGGCUUGUGUUCAAAAUUGUCCUGUUCAAGUCUAUGAGAUGAUAGAUGGUAAGUCAAAUGCAACAAAUGUUGAUAGUUGUUGUAAGGCACUUUCGUGUGUUUCAGUUUGUCCUGUAUCGGCAAUUACAGUUGAUGACAUCUAA